AUGCUAUAUGCCCUCCUAAAGGUCGCCAGCCCCUCUGAGGGCGAGGCCAUACCCCCUUAUUCUCAGCCGCCCAGCGAACACCAGCAUCCCGCAUCUUCCCGACUCGACGGACGGCUCAGUGUGCUCGAGGCCUGUGUGGAUAAAGGUGUCUUUGACACUGUACAACUGCGCUUCAGAGGCAUUAUCCUUUCAUCAGUCGGCUGCAACAGUGCCAUUGAGGAUAUCAUCACCUUGACCGACGUCAAACCGCUUUCUCACUUCCGACCAAGCACUGCCUCUACUCGGAGCGAUUCUGAAAAAGCUCGGCAUGUGGACUUCUACUUCGAACUGCCCGCCAAUAUCUGCACCUUGGAUGGCGUGUCACGUUCUCUCCCUCUUUCCGCGACUAUCUCUGGUACCACCAGCACGGCACCAAGGGGUGGAUUGAACGAUCCUCAACUGAUACAGGGCAACUGCGAGGUAUCUUACUGGGUCGAGGCCCAAUUCUGCCUAGCCGGUCGCGAGGUCGGAUUCAUCUGCGAGCAUGUCAGAAUGCUCUCUCUUUAUCCCCGCCUCAGAGCAUCAUUGACAAAGGGCCUACCGCUCACCAUACGAGCUAAGCCGGAUCUCCUCGCCCGGUGUAGGCUUCAGAAGAGCCCUGCCCUGGAAGUGGCUCUGUACGAACCUGAUAUGACCAUAGAUCACGAUACAAAAAGCGGCAAGCGACAAAUGAGCAUUCCAAUCGCCGUUACGAUGGACAUUCACCCACCUGCUGCGGGAGCUGAUUCGCUCGAUGCACGACAAUCACUCAAAUGUUCUGUUGAAGCAAGGUUCGAGGCGCAUACAAGGUUCUCUAGCGGCCCCCUGCUCUCGAAUGGAGAGAGGAUCUUGCCCGACGAGGCCAUCUCCAAGAGCACAGCCUCGACACAAAAAUCCACUGUUCUUUUCCGACCGCUACCACUUUACGACGAUCAGGACAUCCCCGGCGCCAAGUCCAAACGACGACACCCGUACGUGGCAACAUCACACUUGGACUUGUCCGUGCCCGACGCUUUCUCGCAGCCAUCUCUGCGUUGGAAGCACCUGACGCGGACCUACACGCUGCAUUUGUCCUUGAACUUCCACGGCUUACAAGGCGCUCCGCGGUACAGUGUAUGUCGCCACAUCCCACUGUCGGUGUCUGCACACGCGCCAAUUUCAGGAGAAGCGCCAAAAAAUGAUGUCAUUGUUAGCAUUCUUGAGGCUAAUGACAACCUGGACGCCGAGGGUAUUAUGACCACAUUGCGUCCAUCAGACCACAUACCAGGCGAGAAAGGAAUAGAGCAGACAAGAUCACCUCCGCCUCCCUACUUUCGAUGA